AUGCUUCCUUAUUUGACCCCCAGAACUAGGGCAGAGGAAAAAUUCAACACAACCCUCUGUCGAACCAGGGUUACCAAUGAACAGGCGUUCGGCAUUCUAAAAAGAAGGUUUCCUUGCCUUCAGGUUGGUUUGAGAGUGCAGCCCGACAGAGUCUGUGCAACAGUGAUUGCAUGUGUGAUACUUCACAACUUAGGGAUUGACAAGCGCGACAUUGUUGACCCAACUCACGUCAACAGACGUUUGAUGGAUGAGGUAGCCUUGCCUGAUGCUGGACGUCGAAAAGAGACGAAGACUGUCCAAUAUCAUAUCGCUAAUACUUUCGUUGGACAGUAA